AAGCGGAAAUGUAUGACACACGGUGGAGGACUGUGUUUGUGUAGGUAAACAAUGAGCCUGGUAGUUUUUUUUCUCGUAUAAUUAGAAUCACAUGUCAUCCACUUUGCGUCGAGUUUGCAGCAAACUGUCUCAAAUGAAGACUCUAGUUGUUGGAGUUGGUGGGAUCACCAAUGGAGGAAAAUCUACCCUGGCUAAAUUUCUUCACCAGAAAAUACACAACAGCUGCAAUAUUGCUCAAGAUUCCUAUUUUAAGGAUGACCGUUUGGUACCAGUGGACAGAAAUGGCUUCAAGCAAUAUGACACGCUUGAUGCUCUUCAUAUGGACAAGAUGAUGAUAGAGGUUUACUCCUGGAGAAGAGAUCCCCAAUCUUUCCUGAAGAAGCGGGGUCUGAUACCCAUUGAUUCAUCAGUUGAUGAUGAAGUUUAUGUUUUGAUUGUGGAGGGUUUCCUGAUUUUCAACUACAGGCCUUUAAAUGAGCUGUUUGACAAGAGAUAUUUUUUGGAAAUUCCUUAUGAGGCUUGUAAGAAGAGACGAAGUUCCAGGGUAUAUUCUCCUCCAGAUCCCCCAGGUUACUUUGAUGGAUAUGUGUGGCCAAUGUACCUCAGAAACCGCAGAGAGAUGGAGGAAAUCACCUCAGAAAUUGUUUAUCUGGAUGGUUUGAAACCAAAGGAAGAGGUGUUAGGUGUUGUUUAUGAAGACAUUUGUCAAGCCAGAAACAGGCUGCAGGGGCAAAACUGAGUGGACGGACCAUUUUCAAUUGUUUCUGGAGGCUCUGCUGACCAAAAGGACCAAAUAAUAUGCUUUUAAUUGGUGGUUUUUGCAAGUCUUUUGCAGCCUUGGUUGGUGUUGAUUUUUGAGGUCAAGUCUCCUUUGAUUUCACCUUUAGCACCUUAUCCCAUUGCUUCCCUACAGGUUAUAUUCUUAUAAUUUAUAAUGAUUCCUUUGCUGAGCAAUAGUUGUCAUUUGGAGUCUCUGUGUGUUCUUUAUGCUGCAACGUGUAGAAUAAUUCAGAACUGAAGCAUUUCCAUUUUAGGAUAACAUUAUUACAAAAAAGUGAUAUGGAAUUGAUGUUACUGCAUUAAAAGAGAAUAUAUUGUAUGUAUUUAUUUUUUUUCUCCAAAAGAGUAAACAAAGCUGUUGAUGAGGACAAACUGAUCUAAGUGUAUCUUACUUCCUGUGGCCUGAACUUCACUAUUUUACCAUCAGUGGGUGCAAUUUCUCACUAUUUUCUUGAUGCUAAAAAAAAUCAUCAUUAUAUCAUAUUUGAAACUUGUUUUUAUUAACAUGAUCUACAAAAGAUUAAAAACUAUACCUAUAUCAGUGAAAAAUAAACAGUUUAAAAUGUUUUCCUUUAGAGGUCUUGGUUCUGCUCAGAGUGAAACUAAAUCUGCAAAUUUAAGGGGAAAAUAAAUCACCCACAGACUGAAUAGAAACCCACUUAUGAUAACUUGAACCCUUAUGAAAACAGAACCAACUGUAUACAGUAAAUAUAACAGCAAUUUUAGAUAUCUAGUAAGUUACUAAGACACUAAAAAGCCAAGUAAAGAAAAUGUUGACCAAUUUACACACAUUUUUACUACUGAUGCAAGAAGUGGCUAAUUAAAACAUUUGAUUAUCAAGAAAUUCUUUUUUAACCGUAAUACUUUUGUGAUUCUUCACUUAAGGUCAAUUUCACUUAUUUUUUACCCCUUCCAAUCUUAAUGCUGGUUUCUGUAAAAUUAACUAAUAUCUCCAA